AUGGACCAUGACUGGCAUGGCAGCAGGAGAAGUGGUCACCGCAGCAGACACAGUGAGGAUGAGGAUGAGUCUGUCUAUAUUGGCGUUCCAGUGCCACGAGAAUACAGAAGGAAGCGCAGACAUCACAGACACACGUCACGGCAUUCCCACGAUCAGGACGGCCGGGAGAGACACCAUAACCGGCAUGAACACCAGAAUCAAGAAGAACCAUGUGACCCUGAUGAAGGAGAGCAGGAUUCAAACGAGCUCUCUGACAUUAACUCCACUAUGUCUCCUGCUGCAGAGAGACUACGCCACAUCCUCAGAGAGGAAGAUGAGCCCACACCCACCCUCUUCACUGAGAUGGACACACUGCAGUACGAGGGUGGAGAGAUGGAGUGGAAAGAGUCAGCCAGGUGGGUUAAGUUUGAGGAGAAGGUGGAGGAGGGUGGAGAGAGGUGGAGCAAACCGCAUGUGUCCACACUGUCUCUGCACAGCCUGUUUGAGCUGCGCACAUGCCUGCAGACGGGCUGCGUCCUGCUGGACCUGGAGGGGUAUUCACUGCCGCAGAUAGUGGAUGACAUCAUUGAAAAGCAGGUGCAGGAGGGUCUUAUAGCUCCAGAGAUCCGUGAGAAGAUCAGUUUUGUCCUCUUGCGGAAACACCGUCACCAGACCAAGAAGCCGAUCCACCGCUCGCUGGCAGACAUCGGAAAAUCCAGCCCCUCGAACCACAGUCCAAGCCCGAGUCCUCGCUCUGGGUCAGGUUUCCAUCGCUCCACUGAGGACCUGCGAGCUCGUGAGAGUGGCAGCCUCAGCAAACUGCAUCCUUCUCAGUGCCGCAGUAUGAAUGAUAUUUCCGUCACACCCAGCACCGACCAGCUGAAGAACAAGUUCAUGAAGAAGAUCCCCAGAGAUGCCGAGGCGUCUAAUGUGCUGAUUGGAGAGGUGGAUUUUCUAGACAAGCCGUUUGUGGCUUUCGUUCGUCUGGCUCAAGCCGCAACACUAGGAGGCCUUACUGAAGUCCCUGUGCCAACAAGGUUUCUCUUUGUGCUGCUCGGUCCCGAUGGCAAAACCAAAUCCUACAAUGAGAUCGGUCGCGCUAUGGCUACACUCAUGGUUGAUGAUCUGUUCAGUGAUGUGGCCUAUAAAGCCAGAGAUCGUGAGGACUUGAUUGCUGGGAUUGAUGAGUUUUUGGAUGAGGUGAUCGUUCUUCCUCCUGGAGAAUGGGACCCCAAGAUCCGCAUCGAACCCCCAAAGAAACUGCCUUCAGCUGAGAUGAGGAAGUCUGUUUUCUCUCUGAAUGAGCUGGGGCAGCCGAAUGGGAAUGCAGGAGGAGGUGCAGCUUCUGCAGAAGACGAGGAAAUGCCGGCUCCACAUGAACUUGGAGAAGAGCUGAAAUUCACUGGCCGAUUUUGUGGCGGACUGUGGCUGGACAUCAAGCGUAAAGUGCCCUGGUUUCUCAGUGACUUCUAUGAAGGCUUCCACAUCCAGUCCAUCUCUGCGGUGCUCUUCAUUUACCUGGGCUGCAUCACCAAUGCAAUCACCUUUGGAGGACUGCUGGGGGACGCAACUGACAACUACCAAGGUGUGAUGGAAAGCUUUUUGGGCACGGCUUUGGCCGGCACAGUCUUCUGCUUGUUCGGCGGUCAACCCCUCAUCAUCCUCAGCUCUACAGGACCGAUACUGAUCUUUGAAAAGCUGCUGUAUGAAUUCAGCAUAAACAAUGACAUAGACUACAUGGAGAUCCGGCUCUGGGUCGGUUUGCACUCCUGCCUCCAGUGUCUGAUCCUGGUGGCCACAGACGCCAGCUACAUCAUCAAGUACAUGACGCGCUUCACCGAGGAGGGCUUCUCCAGCCUCAUCUCCUUCAUCUUCAUCUCUGACGCCCUUAAGAAAAUGAUGAGCAUCUUCAAUUAUUACCCCAUCAAUCCAGACUUCAAUCCGGAUUACAUCACCAGCUACAGGUGUGACUGCCAGGCUCCUGAUCAAGUGUCUCCAUUGGCUCUCAACGCUUCCUCUCCAUUAGGCCUAGAAAACAUCUCUGAUUACUCAAUGUUCAACUUCUCUUCUCUGGACUGGAAUCAACUGAGUAAGAAAGAGUGCUUGAGAUUCGGUGGUUCCCUGGUGGGCAAGUCCUGCAAAUACGUCCCUGAUCUGGCCAUGCUGUCUUUCAUUUUGUUCUUCGGCACUUACUCCAUGACCAUCUCGCUCAAGAAGUUCAAGGCCAGCCGUUACUUCCCCACAAAAUGUCGCACCUUGCUAGCGGAUUUUUCCAUAAUUGUAUCCAUCCUGGUCUUCUGCGCUCUGGAUUAUGUGAUGUCCUUGGACACUCCCAAACUGCAUGUGCCCACUCAGAUAAAGCCGACGCGGCCGGAUCGUGGCUGGAUCGUUAUGCCUUUUGGGAAGAACCCGUGGUGGAUGUGCUUGGCCAGUUUUGUACCUGCUCUUCUGGUCACCAUCCUCAUCUUCAUGGAUCAGCAGAUCACAGCUGUCAUCAUGAACCGAAAAGAGAACAAAUUAAAGAAAGGUUGUGGUUAUCAUCUGGACCUGUUCUGGGUGGGCAUCCUCAUGGCCGUCUGCUCCUUCAUGGGUUUGCCCUGGUACGUAGCAGCCACAGUCAUUUCCAUCGCCCACAUCGACUCUCUGAAGAUGGAGAGUGAGUCCAGCGCUCCUGGCGAGCAGCCACAGUUUCUUGGUGUGCGGGAACAGAGACUCACAGGCAUACUGGUGUUCGUCCUCACUGGAGUCUCUGUCUUCCUUGCACCAAUACUGCAGUACAUCCCUAUGCCUGUGUUGUAUGGUGUUUUCCUGUAUAUGGGCGUCGCUUCUCUCCAUGGCAUUCAGUUUUGGGAGAGGAUGAAGCUGUUCCUCAUGCCAGCCAAGCACCAGCCCGAUUUUGUCUUCCUGCGGCACGUACCACUGCGGCGCGUGCAUCUCUUCACUCUGGUGCAGAUCACCUGUUUGGCCGUCCUCUGGAUCCUCAAGUCCACUGUGGCCGCCAUCAUUUUCCCUGUCAUGAUUCUGGGCCUGAUGGUCGUGAGGAAGACUCUGGACCUGGUCUUCUCGCAGCAUGAUCUGGCCUGGCUGGAUGACAUCCUGCCCGACAAGGACAAGAAGAAGAAGGAGGAUGAGAAGAAGAAGAAAGAGAAGAAGAAAGCCAAGGAACACAACAACAGCGAUGAAGAGGUAAAAACAACCACCAUCAGAUGUGUGAGAUGUUAGAAUACUAAUAAAAUCUUGUGAUGUUUGAGUGUGUAGUGAUUUAAUCUUUGAUGCUUUUUCUUUUAAUGCCACAGUGUUGCUGAAAAGGCACUGUAUAACAUUAUUUAUUAUGUUCUUCCUAAUAACCGUAGUUUCCUCAUUGUGUAAUUUGUGGUCAUUUGUAGAGUGUUGAAUGUUGUUUUUGCAUGAAAUAUUUGCAACAAAGUGCAUGAUUUAAAUCACAGUGUCUCUCAUUAUUCAUCUGAUGUAAGCACAUUAAGUCAAAAUACCUUGGUUUUUUGUGAGAACCAACCAACCAAGUUCAUUUUGGACCCUGGGUACUUCCCCUUACAAAACAUACACUACUGUUCAGAAGUGACUUUUAGAUUUUUAAGAGAAUUUAGAUUUCUAAUGUUUUUGAAAGAAGUCUCUUAUGCUCA